CCAUGUGUGACAAGAGUAAGCUAGAAUUAAUCCAUCCACAACACAAACACUGACAUCGACGACUCAUGUUUGAGAAAAUUAGAGGAGACGUUGCAUGUGAUAACCGGGGCACACGAAGUGUAGCAAUCCCUCUUUGCCUCCUUUGCUAGAUAUCUGAAAACCACAUUUUGUGCUUCCUUGUGGAAAUGAUUACAGGUUUAGGCCACGGGUACUGAUCGACGUCUCCCGUAUCGACAUGGCCACAAACAUUCUGGGCUUCAGCAUUUCCAUGCCUAUCAUGAUCGCUCCUUCAGCCAUGCAGAAAAUGGCUCAUCCUGAUGGAGAGCUUGCCACGGCAAGAGCUGCAGCUUCCGCAGGAACAAUAAUGGUUUGAAAGAUCACACUGCCUGUGGUACCUCAAGUCAUGACCCAAACACUAAUCCAUUGUGCUGAUCUUAUGGUUUUUCCAGACAUUGUCCUCAUGGUCUACUUCCAGCGUUGAAGAGGUCAACUCAGUUGGGCCGGGCAUACGUUUCUUCCAGCUCUAUGUCUACAAGGACAGGAAUAUCGUACGGCAACUCGUGAAAAGGGCUGAGAUGGCUGGCUUCAAGGCCAUUGCACUCACGGUAGACACUCCAAUACUUGGCCGCAGGGAAGCUGACAUUAAGAACAGGUUCGCCUUACCUCCACAUCUGGUGUUGAAAAACUUCCAAGCGCUGGAUCUUGGCACGAUGGACAAGACAAAUGAUUCCGGCCUUGCUUCCUACGUUGCUGGUCAAGUUGACCGCACCCUUUCCUGGAAGGACGUCAAGUGGCUGCAGACAAUUACCUCGUUGCCGAUCCUAGUCAAAGGGAUCGUGACUGCAGAAGACACUAGGCUUGCGAUCGAAUAUGGCGCUGCUGGGAUCAUCGUGUCCAACCACGGCGCGCGCCAGCUAGAUUAUGUUCCUGCGACUAUCAGCUGCCUGGAAGAGGUCGUCAGGGAAGCGAAAGGCCGGCUACCGGUGUUCCUCGACGGCGGCGUCCGCCGUGGCACGGACGUCUUCAAGGCCCUGGCGUUGGGAGCUUCAGGAGUGUUCAUCGGCCGGCCCGUGCUGUUCUCGCUGGCGGUGGACGGCGAGGCCGGCGUGCGGAAGGUGCUGCAGAUGCUGAGGGACGAGCUGGAGCUCACCAUGGCGCUCAGCGGCUGCACGUCGCUGAGGGAGAUAACCCGCGCACACGUCAUCACCGACAGCGACCGGAUCGGCCGCUCGCGGCUGUAGAAUCAUUGUGCAGUUCACCUCAGGAAUGAUGUUGGUCUCGACUGAACUGUCCUGAUUCGGGAUCUAUUUGUAGCUCUUGUGCUCUCAUUUUACGUUAGGCAAAUAAGGAAGCUGCGUGCGUAUGUGUGACUGCUGCUGACGUUUGUUUGCGCCGCUGUCGUGGUUGCCUGGUUGGCACUUGGCAGUGUUGAUUGGCGUUAGUGGUUGGUUUGGGUGAAAGGAGUUUAUGA